UUAUGCACAUCUUUGCAGGAUACGGAAAAAAAAUGAUGUAAUGCAAAACACAAUGCGUGCAGAUGUCAUUUAAUUUUCACACUUCAGGCUGCAGAUCUGCAGGGUUGUGUGCGCGCUGACGCUCGGUGAGGAUUUACCAACGCAACCUCGCCAGCACGAUUUCCUUCCCCGCCUGCAGACAGGAAGGAUCGCCCAAUUGCGUAACCGUAUUAUACAAUAAUGGCUUCUGUACAACAGCGAACAGACGAGGAAGUUUGUCAAUGCACGGCAGAAAAAGGCUCAUCUCGACCGGCGAACUACAUCUUCAUCUCCCGCCUGUGGCACCGAUGAAGCUCUCCCUCCCUGCUCUCCCUCCUCCCCCUUUCCCUCGCCUUCCGUUUCUCUCGUCUGCUUUCUGAAGGACUCGCAGAGGGAAAAAAACACAAUCCAAGGUCCACAUACUUGCAGGAAAAGACGCGCCCACUCUUGGUUACGUAGCAAUAUUUUAUUGGGAAGGAAAGUAAACCUGCUUUAAUCCGGACUUGGCUGCGAAUCCAGCUCAGAGGGGCGACAUAGUCCGACUAUUACAUUGGUAGAGAAUAAGCAUUAUUCGUGCAGUGAUGGUUCUCCAGAGGAUUUUUCGUGCCGUCAUCAUGGGACCACCGGGCUCGGGGAAAGGAACUGUGUCCGAGCGCAUAAUCAAAAGUUUUGGGCUGCAACACCUUUCAAGUGGGGACAUUUUGAGACGCAACAUCGAGGCCAAAACUGAGCUCGGUCUGCUGCUGAAGGCCUGUAUUGAUCAGGGUCAGCUGGUACCCGAUGACGUCAUGUCCCGCCUCAUCUUCCGUGACCUGAGAGCGCUGGGACAAAGCAGCUGGCUGCUCGACGGUUUUCCCCGCACAGUGUCCCAGGCCGAGGCGCUGGAUGACGCUUUUGUCGUGGACACAGUCGUGAACCUCGAUGUUCCGUUUGACAUCAUCAAACAGAGGCUGACCUGUCGCUGGACUCACCUUCCCAGUGGCAGAGUCUACAACACAGAUUUUAAUCCACCUCAAGUCCAUGGUUUUGAUGAUCUGACGGGAGAGCCUCUGGUCCAGAGGGAGGAUGACUUACCAGAGACAGUGACACGGAGGUUGAAGUCCUAUGAAAACCAGACAGAACCUGUUUUAGAGUAUUACAGGAGUAAAGGGGUGCUCGAGUCGUUCUCUGGGACAGAAACCAACAAGAUUUGGCCACACAUUGAGGCGUUCCUACACAGAAAACUACCAUCUAUCAAUGAGAAUGUUGCAUAGAAACACAGGGGGGAGGCAGAUGAACGGAGUAGGUAACGGGAGGGAUUGGUGAGACAACAGAUGUUGUUGAAUUGUUUAAAGGUUAGUUGAUAGAGCCUAUAAUGUGCCUUUAUAAAUAUUACCAGACACCAGUGAAUUUAAUUUUACGGUCUUCCAGCGUGGAACACAAAGAUAUUGCACAAUAACAAUGUGGACAGUGAAUACACGUUUUUUUUUUUACUUUUAAGUUUGUGGGGACUUUUGAACACUUGUUGGCAAACUGCCUCAUUGUGACUGUUUCUGAUGCAGAGGGAUUCACCGGGAAAAAGGGAAAAUGUGCUAUAAUCCUUAAAAAUCCACACUUGCAAUCAAGUGCCUUUGGCUGCUUUUUGGAAACGUAGUUUGAAUGUAGUAUGGACCACUGAUUGGUUGAUCCGUGAACUGAUCACACUGAUAAUCAUUUUUAUUAUUAAUGAUAAUUUUUAUAUAUAUAUAUAUAUAUAUAUAUAUAUAUAUACACACACACAUAUGUAUAUAUAUAUAUACACACAUAUAUAUAUAUAUAUAUAUAUCGUUAAACCAUGUAAAAAAAAAAUAUGUACAACUCCUUUAAGUCUUAAAAUAGCCAGGUGUAAGAUACUGCUUAACACACUCAACACCUGAGUUCUGGUUUUUGUACUUUGCUCUAAUCAAUGUUUGACCAUGUAAAAAAUAACCAUGCCUAACUUUUUUUAUUCUAGUGUAGAAAUGUGCAGGAAAUGUCUCCCGAGUUGUACUGUGUAUCUUAACAAAAAAAAAAGAAAAAUGUUUAAAAGGACAUUCCCUCGUCACAGAAAACCAUGCCAUGAGUAUUUAUUGUGAAUCAAAAUAAACCUCUCACACCAGCUGUA